CGGCGGCGACAGGAGCGCGCAGUGCCGAGAGGGGCGCGGCGGCGGCGGCGGCGGCGGCGGAGCGCGCCCGGCGCAUCCCUCUUUCCAUCCACCCCUUCUUUCCUCACUGGCACCACCGCGCCCCGUCCGUCCUGACCGGCUCCCCACAUGGCCGCGGCUCCUCGGGAAACGCCUCGCGCCGCCGCCCUGCCGGUGCCGGAGCCGCGUUGCCGGGCGGCGGCCGCCGCCGCCUCCUCCUCUUCCUCGUCCCCGCGGCGCCGCUAGCGCCCCGCGCCCCGCUCCGCGCAGCGCCGAGCUAGAAGAAGAAGAAGAAGCAGCAGUAGCAGCAGCAGGGCGCUCCCGCGGCACCGCCCCGGCGGCGGCGCUGCGCCGGCUCCGCGCGGCUGGACGGCGCGUCCGUGCCGCCUCCCCUCCCUCUGCUCCGCGCCGGCGCUCGGGACCACGGCGGCGGCCGCGGCUCGGCGGGACGCCCCGGGACGGAUGCGGUGGGUGCCGGGCAGCCCCCCGGCGAGUGCGAGAUGGCGCUCAGCGGCACGCUCCUUCCCUCCAUCGCCACCUUCGCGGCGGGCGCCGCGGGCCGCGAGAAGGCGGCGCGGCCCGCGGGCCCCGGCAACCGCUGGCGGGAGGAGCUGUCGCAGCUGAAGCGGCCGCCGCCGGCGCUGUCGGCGCGGCCGGUGGAGACGCCGCCGUCGGAGCUGGAAGGCGCCGCCGCUCUCGGGCCCCGCCGUGACGCCGAGGAGUUCAAUGAGCUGCUGGACUUCGACUUCAUCCUCUCCAACUCGCUCAUGCACCAGGAGCCUGCCGCCGCCGCCAUAGUGGUGGCUCCCGCCGCCACUCCGGCCCCCACCGCCAGCCCCUGCCCCGCCGGGCCCUUCGCCUACCCGCUGCCCCGGCCCGAGCCCGCCGGUCUCCUCUACGGCGGCGGCGGCGGCGGCUGCGACGGGGCGCCCGCCGCCGGGUCCGCCGCGCCCUUCAACCUGGCCGACAUCACCGACGUGUCCCCCUCGGGAGGCUUCGUGGCCGAGCUGAUGCGGCCAGACCUGGACGCGGUGUACCUGCCAGCGCCGGCCGCGCUGCCGCCCCUGGGCAGCCUGCAGGGCAAGUUCGUGGUGAAGGCGGUGGGCGACUACAGCCACCCGGGGCUUAGCCCCAAGAGCGGUCCGGCCGCCCCUCCGCCCGGCGCCGACGGCCCCGGCGCGCCCUACACCUCUCUGCCGCGGAUGUGCCCCAAAAUCAAGCAGGAGGCCGCGCCGCCGUGCACCCUGGCCCCGCCGCCGCCGCACGGGAGCAGCCCCCGAGGAGCCCCCCAGCACGACUUCGCCCUGGGCAGCCGCCCGCUGCCCGCCCGGAGUACGCCGUCGCUGGGGCCCGAGGAGAUGCUGAGCGGCAGAGACUGUCUCCCCGCCACGCCGGGGCUGGGCCACCCCCCGCUGCCCCCGGGGUACCCCCCGGCUCCUGGCUACCCCACCUUCCUGCCCGAGCAGCUCUCUCCCGGCGCGCUCCAGUACCAAGAGCUGAUGCCGCCGGGGAGCUGCCUGCCUGAGGAGACCAAGCCCAAGAGGGGACGCCGGUCGUGGCCUAGGAAAAGGACGGCCACACACACCUGUGACUAUGCGGGCUGCGGCAAAACCUACACCAAGAGCUCUCAUCUCAAGGCGCAUCUGAGAACCCACACAGGUGAGAAACCUUAUCACUGUGACUGGGAAGGCUGCGGGUGGAAGUUUGCCCGAUCUGAUGAACUCACUCGUCACUACAGAAAACACACAGGCCACCGCCCUUUCCAGUGCCAGCGCUGUGACAGAGCCUUCUCCAGGUCAGACCACCUCGCCUUACACAUGAAGAGGCACUUCUGAUUUUGGGAAAGCAGUGGAUCUUUCCCCUGACUGCCGCAGAGAUUCAGUAUUUACAGCACAAGGACUGUCUUCCACAAGACGGGGAGAACUCAUUUUAAGCACUACAGAUAAUCGAGGUGAAGUCUUCCAAAGAGUGGAAAAGAGGGAUAACUGCAUACGGACAUUGCAACUUUCUUUUUUUAUAGUUAUACACUUAAGAGAACCAAAGACGUUGGGGUCAAUGACUGGAUCUUCUAUCAUUCCAUUUGUAAAUCCAACUUGAAUUAUUUCUGGACUACAGAAUGCCAAGGAGUGACUGGAAGUCACGGAUAUCAGGGUUAAAUGGACUGCUUGUAGUUCGGAGGGUGGGGAUAUUACACAGGGAAAUUACAUUCCCUUAAUUUCCUUUCAAUGCAAUAUUAGAUGUACAUGUCAUCUUGUACUUUCUUUUUUUUUUUUUUUUUCCUUCUAAAAGCCAUUACAAUGUUAAAAGAGGAGGAAAAAUUCAGGUACAGAAUUAUAUUUUAAAAGCCUAUUUCAUGGUGCUUAGUGACUGUUGGUUCUAGAGGUACCAAAAACAGGAAGCCAAAGUUCUCAAACUGCUGCAUAUCUGACAAGGAACUAUUUUUUAUCUUCCGAUUGCCAAUUAUGACCUAAAUCAGGUGAAUAACCCUGGUUUAUCUUUUUGUUAAGAAAAUAACUUUAUGCAGACAGUCUGUAAUGCACUGUGGUUUCGAUGUGCAAUAGUUUGUACAAUGGUUUAUUCCCAAAUAUGCCUUAAGCAGAACAAAUGUUUUCUAUAUAGUUCUUUACAUAAUAAAUAUGUAAUAUAAAUUUAAGCAAACUUCUAUUUUGUAUAUUUGUAAACUACGAAGUAAUAAUGAACGUUUUGUUGGAAUUUGUAUUUUGCAUAUUCAAGGUGAAAAUAAGUUUUAAAUAAACCUAUAAUAUUU